UGAAUUCGCCCAUGCAUGAUUGUAUCCCCUCUCUGUGUCACCAACUGGCAGUUAAAUUACAAACCUCAUGUCACUGUAACGUUAAUUACAUGGAAAAACAACAAUUAUAAACCGAUUUGGUUGUUGUUUGUCAAUGUUUCUCUGUUAAUGCGAUUUUCUGCACUUGUACUUAUCUGUUGCACAAAAGUAAACGAUUUAAAAUGCUGCUUUUAUUUUGAAGGUGUCAUGCCUGCCGCAUCGAGUGUGCCACUGAGCAUGCGCAGCAGUCCGAGCGGCACAAACAAAAGAAGAAAGUGGCAAAUGGAACUGGGAGUCAGAGCCCACCGAGGCUCCAGAGAAAGAGCGCCGCAUGGAGGCCGUGUUGAAGAACUUGUCGAACACUGUCGAGCUGCUGGCGGUGGCGGCGCGGAGCAGUGACGUCCAUCACUGGGACGGAAACACUCUUUCCCGGGCAUUUCAUUGGGCCUGCUACUGCGAGCACCUUUUCUCCAGGUUUCACCACAACCCCCAAAUAAGAGGGAUUAUGGAAACGAAAUUACAGCACACUAAUAACCGUUUGCGAGCUGUCUUUAGUGACUACUCUGAUGUGUCCUUUUUGGACCUGUCCCAAUGCCAGCACUUGUUGCUAAGAGGGCUCCUAAAAAACACUCACCUCCCUCUCUCCAUCAUGAAGAUACUCUUUGACACAAAAGCACCAGGACACAUUGAACCAGGAGAGUAUCCAGACAUCACAGGCCUUUGCAGUCACAUCAUUCAGAGCAAAUCUGCGUGCAAAAUCUUAAGUCCUCUAUUAGACAAGUCAGCCGUUGGUGCUGAUGCUCAGGUGCAGGCAGCCAUGUUGAUGGAGAGUCUGCAAGCUUUGCUUGACUGUGAUGGAGAAACUUGCCGGGCGCAGCGUUUUCUUGACUCUGUCCUCCAGGGAUGCAAAGAAACUGAACAUUUGUGUCUGGUCCUUGCUGCUGCUUUGCUGACGGGAGGAAACGCACACGCACAGGCUGCCUCAGUGGAUUUUCUCCUGGACCGGAUCCAGCAAACGCACGGUUUGCUGCAACACAUGUGCUUUACAUUGCCUUCUUCUAUUGUUAAAGACCUGGCUAAAGGACAUGUCAAAUUUAGAGAUGCCUAUUGUGCUGUUCUUAAAAAGGAGGCCAGCAAGAUGGAGUACUGCAUUGAUAAUGGCGAAUGGGUACAAAGCAGCGCAAGUCCUAAAGUGUCUUUUCAGGAAGUGACUGAGCACUUUGUGACCUUGCUUGAGGCAUGUCCAGCCUGGAGGAGCACCGUAGAAGAAGAGCUGAAGGAAUUGAAAUUAUCUGAUGGAGACUUUGAUGUCAGAGGACUGAGUGUAUGGGGGGACCUAUUAGCAGAAAUACAUAAACGUCAGUCACAAGUGGAUGGAUGAUGCUCUUCAUAUCUGUUAUAUUCAUUCAUAAAUGCUACAUUAUUAACAUCUUACAGCCUUUCUAUGACAGCCUUGAUAUUUCCUCUGCAAAAUCACAUUAAAUUAAUGUAAUGAGUUAGCUACAAAGAAUUGGAAAAUAAACCUAAUUUUAAAAAGUG